CGCGUUGUGUGUGUGUGUGGUGUGUGUAUGUGGCGCGCGCGCGCGCGGGUGCGUUUUGUGCAACGUUACGUACGUUAUCUACGGCGCCAGCCAGCCAACGCGUAGCGUAUCGCAUCGCAUCGCCUCGUCGAUUCCCUCGUCGACGAAGAGAGAGUUCGUCGUCGCGUUCGCGCGUCACCUGCGGCUCACGACCCGCGAUCGGUAGUCGAGUCAAGAAUCGGAGGGGACAAGGACCCGCGCCCGCGCGGCGAAUCGGCUGCUCCGAAGCCGCGGUGCGAUAUUCCCAGCGGCGCCGCGAACAGGUUGAAGCCGUUGAAGGAGCGUCGUCCGGCCCCCGCGCGCAACCUAUAUUUUUGUACUCUCCAUGGAAGGGCCAUGUAACCUAUGCUAGUGAAGUGUAGCAAAUGGAAGGUUUUAAGGUGAAAGAUGAACCGAUGGAUGCAUUAGCCAUAGACAGUCAGGUUAUGGAUGAGAACAUUGUGAGCGUCGUGCUUAAGGAGGAACCAGGCGACAGAUUUGAUCCCGACUACAUGGAGGAUAUUUGCUCAGGCACUUUCGAGAAGGGCACUCUGUUUUUGCCUAUCGAAAACAAUGAGGUGGAUUUCUCCAACGAAAUGGUGAAGUUGGAGCUGGAAGGAGAAUCGACAAGCCAUCAAAACUGGUCGCAAAUAGCAAAUGCUAAUUUAUGUGACAAGGAGGAUGUGAUGCAGCGAUGCUUGACUAAUACAAAUUUUAUACAAACGCAAGAUCCCGACAAGCACCAUGGAUUCUGUCAAAAUGGGCAACAAGCGAAAUUUUACAAGAUCCAAUGCUCAAUCUGCAAGAAAUGGUUUCUGAACAAUGAUUCCAUGGUCACGCAUCUAAGGUCGCACUGUAGUGGAAGUCAAUGCGAGGUUUGUCAGCAGACUUUUACCGACAACUCUAGCCUGCACGCCCAUAUGUUAACUCACGUUGGAAUGAGCCCGUUAGAAUGCAACAUCUGUCAGAAAAGAUUCGCCUAUAAGUGGAGCUUGAGGAGCCACAUGCAAUUGCAUGUGCUGGAUAAACCGUACGAUUGCGACGCGCUCCAGCAAGCUUUUAUGAAGCGAACUAUGAAUGAACAGAUGAUGCAGAUGGAGGACAGACCCUUCGAAUGUGACGUGUGUCACGUGACGUUUAAGGAGAAAAUUAAUUUGAAUCGACACAUGUCCAAUCACUCGAGUGUGGACAAACCCUACAAAUGCACGAUCUGUUUCGAGGCGUUCAAGGAAAAGGCAAAGCUGAACAUGCAUUUGCCGUUGCACACGGGAAACAAGCAUUUCAAGUGUACGUUGUGUCAUAGAGCGUUCGCCCAGAAGACUGCGCUCAACAAUCACAUGCUGGCGCAUAGCGGUGAGAAACCGCACGCGUGUAACAUAUGUGAGAAAACGUACAAGAGAAAAUCUGAAUUGAUUAGGCAUACCAUGGUUCACACCGGUGAGCGACCGUACGAGUGUAAAGAAUGCUUGAUGACUUUCCGAGAGAAGGCCAAAUUGAAUUCCCACAUGUUGGUCCAUACGGGCGAGAAACCGCACGAGUGCCACGUCUGCCACAAGGCGUGCGCGAGGAAAUCGGAUUUGAACAGUCACAUGUUGUUACACACCGGUGGCCAGUACGAUUGCAAGGUUUGCGACAAAAUCUUCACCAGGAAGUCGGAUCUGAAUCGGCAUACUCUAAUACACACCGGUGAGAAACCAUUUGCGUGCAAUAUGUGCGACAUGGCGUUCCGGGAGAAGACGCGAUUGAACUCGCACAUGAUCAUACACACGGGCGAUAAGCGACACGCGUGUCAUAUCUGCUCUAAAACAUUCAAGGAAAAGUCGUCGUUGAGGAAACAUAUGUUAAGUCACACCGGUGACAGACCGUACGAAUGUUACGUAUGUCACAAAGCUUUCACGCAGAAGAGUACGUUGAACAGCCACAUCCUGGUACACGCCGGUGAGAGACCAUUUGAAUGUAGUACUUGUCAAAAAAUAUUCAAAGACAAAGCAGCGUUGAAAAAGCACUUGUUGGUGCACGUUAACGAAAAAACUCACGAAUGUCUUAUUUGUAUGAAAAAAUUCGCCCAUAAAACAGCAUUAAAUAGUCACCUCUCCUCAAAUCACAUAUCCUAACUACACGGAUCUAGUCUAUUACGGCUUUCUGUUUCUUUACAUUGAGCACCGUAUGUUUGUAGUUGUAUAGCAUAUUUCCAUGAUUACACCUAUAUCUGUUUUAUAUGCCAAUAGGUCUGAUAAAGUCGUAUUUUUUCCUGUGUAUGGACAAAUAAUAAAUUAAUUUCUAAGUAAA